GUCUGCAGGAUGUGGUGCGUAGCUGGUACAGCCGUCUGCCCGCCAUGGUCCACAACGCCCAGCAGCUGGUGGCCAACUCAGAGGAAUGUGCCAGGGCCUGUUCACACGGUUCUCUGUCUGGGCUGGGCGUGUGUCUGGAGCGCUCGUGGCAGCAGAAGAAGCUGAUGGCGCCGGGCUGCGAGCCGGCCUCGGUGAGGGCCAUGAUGGAGGCGCUGCAGCCGCUGGUGCUGGGUCAGAGCCUGGCCGGCGCCGGGGGGGGGGGCUUCCUCUACCUGCUGACCCGGGAGCCUCGGCAGCGGCUCGCCGUGCUGCGCGUCCUCGAAAACACUCCGGGUCUGGGAGACUUCAGCGUCCACUCGGUGGAGCUGGACCUGGACGGGAUUACAGUCCCGCAUCCUGAGGGAGGGGCACGCACACAUAUGUCAUAGGGCUGCUUAGAUAUAUACAAUACACACAUAUG